CACGGCUCCGGGUGUGAGAGAGCCCAGCAGAGGACCCCUUGGCCAUGCGGGCCAAGCGCGAGACGGCCCCUCCUUGCGACCCCGCAGGCCGCCACAUCUGGGACCAGCCGAUCGCUCGGUCGCUGGCGCCGAUCCCGCCGGGGUCCUAGAUAUAGUUGGACCCAGCGCGCUGGCCAGAGUGGGCAGCUACCCUAUUGGGGCAGCGUCCCCCUUUGUGGGGACUCCUGGGUUUCCGAGGCUCGGCCCCGCGUUCGCACGUGGCCCGAGGCGGGUACUGGCGCUGGCCAUGUCCAGCAAGUCUCACUCUCUGCGGGUUGUGGCCGAAGACCGGCCCGCCUGUCAGACUUAUCUUUAUGGGUUUUUCCCAACCCGGAGUGGCCCCGGCCCCUUUUUAUCUCCUCGGUUGCACUUGGCUUGUUUACUUUGCGAGGCCCUGGGAGUCGAAGUCUGAGCCCGGGAUGAGGAGGCCUCUGAACAGGAUGGGCGAGAGGCCUGAGCCCGGGGAUGCUCCAGGAGGGCCCCGGGAGAACGGGAAGAAGGAGAUGCUGCAGGAUAAGGGCCUGUCCGAGAGCGAGGAGGCCUUCCGGGCCCCGGGCCCAGCGCUCGGCGAGGCCAGCGCAGCCAACGCCCCCGAGCCCGCGCUGGCAGCGCCCGGCCUCAGCGGAGCCGCGCUAGGCAGCACCCCUGGCACGGGGGCCGACGUCGCCGCCGCCGCCGCGGAGCAGACCAUCGAGAACAUCAAGGUGGGGCUGCAUGAGAAGGAGCUCUGGAAGAAGUUCCACGAGGCCGGCACCGAGAUGAUCAUCACCAAGGCGGGCAGGAGGAUGUUCCCCAGCUACAAGGUAAAAGUCACAGGCAUGAACCCCAAGACCAAGUACAUCUUGCUGAUUGACAUCGUCCCCGCCGAUGACCAUCGCUACAAGUUCUGUGACAACAAAUGGAUGGUGGCAGGGAAGGCUGAGCCGGCCAUGCCAGGAAGGCUGUAUGUCCACCCGGAUUCUCCUGCCACAGGGGCCCACUGGAUGCGGCAGCUGGUCUCCUUCCAGAAGUUGAAGCUGACAAACAACCACCUGGACCCCUUUGGCCAUAUCAUCCUCAACUCCAUGCACAAGUACCAGCCGCGGCUCCACAUCGUUAAGGCUGAUGAGAACAACGCUUUCGGCUCCAAAAACACCGCUUUCUGCACCCACGUGUUCCCAGAGACCUCCUUCAUCUCUGUGACCUCCUACCAGAAUCACAAGAUCACCCAGCUGAAAAUUGAGAACAACCCUUUUGCCAAGGGAUUCCGGGGCAGUGAUGACAGUGACCUGCGUGUGGCCCGGCUGCAGAGCAAAGAAUACCCUGUGAUUUCCAAAAGCAUCAUGAGGCAGAGGCUAAUCUCCCCCCAACUCUCAGCCACACCGGAUGUGGGCCCCCUGCUCGGCACCCACCAGGCGCUCCAGCACUACCAGCACGAGAACGGUGCUCACUCGCAGCUCGCGGAGCCGCAGGACCUGCCCCUCAGCACCUUUCCUGCCCAGAGGGACUCAAGCCUCUUCUAUCACUGCCUGAAAAGACGAGCAGAUGGUGCCCGACACCUGGACUUACCCUGCAAGCGAUCCUAUCUGGAAGCCCCCUCUUCGGUGGGGGAGGAUCACUAUUUCCGUUCUCCCCCUCCCUACGACCAGCAGAUGCUGAGCCCCUCCUACUGCAGUGAGGUGACCCCCAGAGAAGCCUGUAUGUACUCAGGUUCAGGGCCUGAGAUUGCCGGGGUGUCUGGGGUGGAUGACCUGCCCCCACCUCCGCUGAGCUGUAACAUGUGGACUUCAGUGUCGCCGUACACCAGCUAUAGCGUGCAGACGAUGGAGACUGUGCCAUACCAGCCCUUCCCCACCCACUUCACCGCCACCACCAUGAUGCCGCGGCUGCCCACCCUCUCCGCUCAGAGCUCCCAGCCACCAGGAAACGCCCACUUCAGCGUCUACAAUCAGCUCUCCCAGUCUCAGGUCCGAGAGCGGGGGCCCAGCGCCUCAUUUGCAAGAGAGCGCGGCCUUCCCCCAGGAUGUGAGAGGAAGCCACCCUCACCACAUCUAAAUGCUGCCAAUGAGUUUCUCUACUCUCAAACCUUCUCCUUGUCCCGAGAGUCUUCCUUACAGUACCAUUCAGGAAUGGGGACUGUGGAGAACUGGACUGAUGGAUGACUCUCACGUCUCCUCCACAGCCCCGGGACCGUGUUGCUCCAGUAUUAACCUCUGUGGGUGGCCUGCACUACCAAGAAACACAGGAAGGUAUUCCAGAGGGAGUGUGUGUGUGUGUGUGUGUGUGUGUGUCUGCACGCGAGCACGUAUGUAUUUGGAGAGCAUCCAUCUUCUGACAUACAACUGAGGUCAUAACAAGGAAAAAAAAACACCACAUUUAUCUAAGAAGUGAUUUGGGCUGCAGGACCUGGGUCCAUUGUUAUCUGACAUCUCUUGACAUGCCCGUGGGUGGGAUGGGAGUGGAGGGUUCUCAUGAGUUAUUGGAAGGGUUUUAUAAUUGUUGAUUUACUCAGGGGCCAGGUGGGGGGGUCUGUCCCAUGGGGAAAGAUUCUCAUUGCUGGGGUAGGAAGAUUCUUGCUGCUGGGGUGUGACGGCUCUGUGCACACCUUAGAGUUCCUGGCCUUCUAUUUGCAAGGGGAGCUGAGAAUCUGGUUUUGGUAGCAGGAGGCCCAUUCCUUGGGCUUCUGGAGAGUCUGUAAGACUGCCUGAGAGGUGGGCUCAGCUCAGCCACAACACGUACUUUGAUAGUACAGCUGGCUGCUCAGUUAGUGGCCUAGACAUUGAUGACUGGAACUCUGAGGUCUGAGGGAUGACAUUCGGAAAGGGUCAUGUGCUAAAUGUCACCUGAGGGGUAUUUUUAAAGGUUUUUUUUUUUUUUCCUUCAAGAGAAGGGAAAAUGCAACCAGUAGCAUCUCUGUCAUCAUUCAGGUUUUGUAGUAAAGUAGAGAGCCCUUCCCCCUAGGUCCCCAACAUACAGUCUCUCACUCUGGUGUGCGGAGAGUCGGCCUCCCAGGCAUCAUCCCAUCUGCAUCCUAUGACGGGCAAUUAGGAAACACGCCUCAGCUGGCAUCAUCCCCAGGAAGCCACACUGCAGCUGAUGUCUGGCAUCUCCAGGGCCUGUUCCGCUCGCAGAAAAUCUACGCUUCUGGAGCGAGAAAGCCCAACAGAAAUAAAGAUAGUUGAGAAAAAUUCAUUUCUUCCAGUAAACUCAGCCGGUGAGCUCAGAGGAGCAAAGAGAAUUCUCCAGUGUGGCACUCACACAGUCCUCAGCCCUGCGUUUUAGCAUUGAACACCACCAGGCCAUCAAUGUGGCUGGGGUGAACUCUCCAUCAAACUUGGGAAAUCACUAAACUUUGCAUGCUGAAUAGCUAUUUAUAUAUUAUAUAAAUAAAUAAAUAUAUUUUAUAUAUAUAUAUCUCUCACAAAUGCAGGCCACAUGUCAAAUUCAGCUUUGCUUUUUACAAAUGAAUGAACUUAAUAAAAAUAAACAUUGGAGGAGGUAUUUGGAAAGACAUCUAUUUAAAUUUUUAUUACAUGUUUGAUAUUAAAAACUAAGAAUGGUUUAGAUAAAACAUAUAAAUAAAUAUAUAUAUAUAAACACACACACACUACAGAUAAAGCUUUUUUAGAAAACACAUUAGCUAACAGGUGAUAUGGAACUUCAAGUGUUUUGUUAUAUAGCAUGGACGUUUUAUUUUGCAUAUCGGAACAUAAAGCCAUUUUACAACUGUGAA